AUGAAGGACAUCAACAAUGACGACAUUCAGUUGGCUCAGCUGGGACAUGCGCAGUCAUUCAAGCGACAAUUCAGUCGCUGGUCUAUGCUAGGAUUGGCAUUCGCUAUUCUCAACUCAUGGACUGCUCUUGCAUCCUCGCUCUCCCUGGCUCUCCCCUCCGGCGGCCCAGUUGGCAUCAUUUGGGGGCUCGUAACCGCGGGAGUUUGCAAUCUCUCGCUUGCAGCAAGCCUCGCAGAGUUCCUCUCCGCUUAUCCCACGGCUGGUGGCCAGUACCACUGGGUAGCCAUGAUUGCGCCGGAGUCACUCAAAGCGCCUCUUUCUUGGGUGACGGGGUGGAUCAAUAUGUCAGGGUGGGUUGCUCUUGUGGCGACAAACAGCUCGCUUGCCAGCACCCUGAUUAUCAACAUCAUCUCCCUGAUACACCCAACCUAUCAGUUCUACAGGUGGCAUCAAUUUCUCAUAUACUUGGGCAUUACUUUUAUUGCCUUCUUUGUCAACGCCUUUCUACACAAACUACUUCCACACGUCAACGGGUUUGCUCUGGUGUGGAGCAUCGCCGGAUUCUUCAUCCUUUCCAUCACCCUACUGGCCUGUGCAGCACCCGAUUACGCAACGGGAGACUACGUGUUUACGCACUUUAUCAACACGACGGGUUGGCCAGAUGGAAUUGCCUGGCUUCUGGGUCUCCUUCAGGGAGGUUUAGGCCUGACUGGAUUUGACGCGGUGGCACACAUGAUUGAGGAAAUCCCCAAUGCAGCGAUCGAAGGACCGAAGAUAAUGCUGUACUGCCAAUACAUUGGCAUUGGGACUGGCUUCCUGUUCUUGACCGUCGUUCUCUUCGUUUCGGGAGGCCUGAAGAAUACUUCGACAAUCAUCGAGUCUUCUGCAGGCCCGUUACUUGAGAUCUUUUACCUGGCGACAAACAACAAAGUGGGUGCCGUGUGUCUUCUCAUGUUCCCACUGGUUUGUCUGGUACUGGCCGGCACUGCCGUUCUCACGACUUCUUCUCGAAUGGUCUUUGCCUUUGCUCGAGAUGGCGGACUUCCAGCAUCUGCGGUUUGGUGGAAGGUUCACCCUACGCUUGGUGUACCGUUGAAUGCAAUCUACCUGAAUAUUGCGAUUGUCAUCAUCUUUGGCUGCAUCUUCCUCGGAUCGACGGCUGCGUUCAAUGCCAUUGUCGCAUCUUCUGUCGUGGCUCUCGGAUUGAGUUAUGGCAUCCCCAUCGCCUUACACGUUGCAUACGGACGAACUCGGCUGCCAGAGCGAGAGUUUUCAAUGCCUGCAUGGCUGGGCUGGACUACCAACCUCAUUGGCCUUGUCUACACGAUUGUCACGAGCGUACUUUUCUUGUUCCCACCAGCGUUGCCGGUAACUGGGACAACGAUGAAUUACUGUAUUGUGGCAUUUGCCAUCAUUAUUGUUAUUUCGCUUAUUCAAUGGGUUGUAGAUGGAAGGAAGAACUAUCGGGGACCGCGUAUCACAAUUGGGGAGCACGAGCUUCAAGACUAA